CAAAAGUAUGUCCAACAGGUUGCUGAUUCUAUGUGUUUCACAAGAUGGCCCUGCUACUAUCGGUCUUAGUUUUAAAUCCUGUGGGUUUGGAGUGCAUAUAUAAAGCAUGGACAAGAUUUAACUGCAAAAGAAAUCGACUACCUGUUAUCGUUUGAAGUAAAAACAAGCAAUUUUUAUGGACUACCCAAAAUUCACAAAAGCGCAAUUAUAAGCAAAUUGUGUAAGGAAUCAUAUUCUACUUAUAUAUGCACUCCAAACCCACAGGAUUUAAAACUAAGACCGAUAGUAGCAGGGCCAUCUUGUGAAACACAUAGAAUCAGCAACCUGUUGGACAUACUUUUGAAACCAUAUGUAUCAAAGGUAAAAAGUUAUAUAAGGGAUACUAUUGAUUUUUUAAAAUCACUACCUGACAAUAUUCCAACUGAUUCAACGCUCAUAUCAUUUGACGUGACCAGCUUAUAUUCCAACAUCCCACAUGAACUAGGACUAGAAGCAAUUGAACAUUGGAUUGAUGAAUUCCCAGAAUUACUAAAACUUCGUUUUUCAAAAACGUUUAUUCUAGAAAGUUUAAAAUUCAUAUUGGAAAAUAACUUUAUGAACUUCGAUGGAACAACCUACAGACAAAAACUUGGAACAGCUAUGGGAACCAAGGUUGCCCCGACAUAUGCCACACUUACGUUGGGAUACCUUGAGGAAAAAUUAUACAAAACCGUGGAAGAAAAUUUUGGUGUUGAGUGCAAACAUUUUAUUCGAAACUCCUGGAAACGAUAUUUGGAUGAUUGCUUUAUAAUCUGGACCAAAUCUACCGAUGAAUUACAAAGUUUCUAUGAUAUUUUAAACAGCAUGAACCCCAACUUAAAAUUUACAAUGGAGAGUGACGAAAACAAGUUACCAUUUUUAGAUGUUAUGGUCAUGAAAAAAGAAGGGAAAAUCGUAACUGACGUAUAUUACAAGGCCACGGACACAAAACAAUACCUUCUCUACGAUUCCUGUCAUCCAAAACACAUCAAGAACAACAUUCCAUAUAAUUUAGCUAGGCGACUCUGUACCAUAAUAUCGGACAAGGAUAUUUUAAAUGUCAGACUUGAUGAGUUACGGGAAUUAUUAAAACAAAGGCAUUAUCCAACCUUACUAAUUGAAAAAGGAAUAGACAACGCCAAACUACGUGACAGAAACAGCCUACUUCAGAUACAAGAAAAACCCGUAAAAAAUCUCAUUCCCUACGUAUCUACACACAAUCCAAAAAAUCAAGAAUUUUUCCAAGUCAUCAAAACCAACAUGCCAAUUUUAGAGAAUGAUCCAAGGAUGAAAGACGUAUUCAGUGAAUUUCAGUUGAUCAAAAGUAAAAGACAGAGCCCAUCCUUAAAGAAGAUUUUAACACGAGCCAAAUUUAACAAUACAGAGGAAACAGCCGGUGUUAAAAAAUGUCAUCAUCCAAGAUGUGGAACCUGUCCCUUUUUACAGGAAACCGAACAAUUUAUUUUUAAAAACGGAAGAAAAUUCGUUAUUCAUUCUUCUUUUACCUGCGAAAGUUCAAAUUUGAUAUAUGUCAUGACAUGUUCAGGAUGCGGCGAGCAUUAUAUUGGCCAAACCGGGGACACCCUAAGACACCGCAUGACCGUCCAUCGUCAACAAAUUCGUCAAACUGAAUACCAGUGCACUGCCGUGAGCGGACAUAUUAAAACAUGUGCUGAAAACAUUUUUCCUAAUUUUACAGUGUUUCCUAUAUACAAGUUCUAUAACAAGACUUCCGAAAAGGAACGUGAAACCAAGGAAAAACAUUUUAUUUCAUUGUUUAAACCAAAGCUAAACGCCCUGUCAUAA